AUGGAAGUGUUGAGAUGCGAAGGUGUUUUGAUCAAACCCUGUGCGGGUAAAGAUCAUCGUGAGUUUGUUGAACUGAGCAAUUUGGAUUUAAUUGCAUCUCCAAUAUACAACAAGGUGGUCUAUGUUUUUGAAGCUCCUACCCCGAGCUCAAAAGUGUUGAAGGAAGGACUGGCCAAAGUUCUGGCAGAGUUCAGAGAAUGGGCAGGGAGAUACACAAAAGACACACCAAGUGGGUGCCUUGGAAUCAAUCUGAAUGACGAAGGUGUGCUUGUGAUAGAAGGCGAAGCAGAUGGGACAAUAGCAGAUGCAAUGCCCUUUCACCCAUCUGCAUUCCUCCUCAAGUUGGUGCCACCCACAUCCACCGUGGUCAUUAAUGAGCUCUUACUCAUGCAGUUUACUCGAUUUACUUGUGGAGGGUUGGCGAUAGGCAUAGCUAGUCAUCAUCAUGUUGCAGACGGACAAGCAUCUACUUUUUUCUUGAAUUCUUGGGGCAAAAUUAUUAGAGGAGAGAGUAUUAUACCUCCAGUACAUGACCGAUCUUUAUUAAAAGCAAGAGAUCCUCCCCAGCCAUGCUUCGAUCAUUAUGAGUAUAAUACUAUAUCCCAUGAGCACUCUACAAUAAUGUCUUCUCUAACCACAAAAAUGUUUCAUUUUGAUGCAAUGUUUUUACAGAAGCUCAAGUCAAAGGUAAACGGAUCUGAUAAAUCAAGAAAACCCUAUACUACUUUUGAAAUCCUUGUAGCAUACAUGUGGAAAUGCAUUACAGAAGCUCGAGGCCUUGAUGGAGAUGUACAAACAAAAGCUAGCAUUUCAGUGGAUGGAAGAAAAAGGUUGAAUCCUCCCUUGCCUAAAGAAUUCUUUGGUAAUGCUGUCUAUGAUUCAAGUGCUCAAACCAGUGCAUCAGAGAUAAUAAAUAACCCCUUAGAAUUUACUGCACACUUGAUCCACAAGUCAAUAGCUAAAGUGGAUGAUAAUUUUAUACGUUCAGCAAUUGACUUUUUUGAGCUAAGAAAGCAAAGUUUAGGACCGUCCAAAGAUAAUGAUGGAAUUGAUGUGAUAGCCACGAGUUGGAUGAAUUUUCCUAUGCAGAAUUUUCAUUUUGGAAUGGGUGAGCCAGUGUAUGUAGGCCCUUCAUUGAUGCUCAUUGAAGGUCUUAUAAUCUUAUUUGAUUCAUACACUAAUGUUGGAGGUGCAGAAGUUGUGGUUUGCUUGUCAAAAGAGCAUAUGAUUCAACUUGAACAUUAUUGUAUUCAAGUUUGA